AUGUCCUGCUCCAACCUGUGUGUGCCCUCCUGUGGGGUGGCCACCCCGGCCCCUCUGGCUGACACGUGCAACGAGCCCUGCGUGCGGCAGUGCCCCGACUCCACGGUGGUGAUCCAGCCCCCGGCCUCAGUGGUCACCUUCCCCGGGCCCAUCCUCAGCUCCUUCCCCCAGCAGAGCGCUGUGGGCUCAGCAGGAGUGCCUGCUGUUGGAGGGGGCUUUGGGGGCAGUUUUGGAGGCCGUGGGGGUUAUGGGGGUUAUGGCUAUGGGGGUUAUGGUUAUGGGGGUUAUGGUUAUGGGGGUUUUGGGGGCUCUGGGAGCUGUGGCCGUGGCUGGGGCCGUGGCAGCUGUGGCCCCUGCUAAAGCCUAAACGUGCAGGGAGUUCAGUGCUGCCCCUGCCCCUGGGGCUCCACAACCAGCCCCUCUUGGCUUCUCCCACCUGAGCCAGGAUGAAGCUUCCAGCCCCUCUUCAGGCUGCAGGAGCAGCUCCCCGUGAUUUGCACAGGGUGACCCUGCAGACCCUCAGCUGGUGGCUUUGGGGCUUCCAGCACUGGCCCCCAAAAGCUCCCCUCUCCCUGCCCUGCAACAAAGCUCUUCUGACCCUCUUGGAUGAGCCUCUGCCCUGCUCUGCCCAGCUUGGAGACUCCCAACCUGCAAGAGGAAGGGGGAAUCUUUGGGGUGGAGCCCUGGCUUGGGCCUUGCUGCUGUUUUAGGAUUUUUGUGUUUCCAAUUCCCUGUCCCUGGGGUGGUUUGUGUCUUGCUGCCACUCUCUGUUGCAUUUUCCACCCGCAAUAAAGACUUCA